CCCCGCAGUUGGCGAGGGAAACCUGUAACCAUAGAAUUGGGCCCUAAUUUUAUGACCUAGGAGUUGUGCUGGAAUAAUAACAAAGCCAUGCCUAAUUUACAUUUAGUACAGAACGUGUGAAUUGUUUAGACCUUUUUCGAGAAUGAAGUUUCCGCAGUGAAUGUUCUUAAAAGACUGCAACCUAGCUUUCAUGACCCAUGUGAACGCUAAUACCCUGAGCCAUCUAUAACAUAGUUUCUGAAGGUAAUACGCAGUAGCUUGUAACACAGACUUGUGCCUCUGCUGUAUGGAACUAUCACCACUCACCUACAUCCUUGGUUCUGUAUUGCUGAUCCCAAGCGGAGAGUCUCCUGUAGGUUGGGUGGUGGUAGACUUACCUUUGGGAAUACAAGGGUCUGAUUUCUAUUCCUUUUGGCAUUAUAAAGUUCUGAACAGCCACAGUGAAUAAUAGAGUAACCAGUCUGCCCUCUGAGGUGGUUAGUUGUGUUAUAAGUAGUAGUAUCCUCUAGAUCAGGUGUAUUUUUAAUGAAUGAGUGAUCAUUUACCAAAAUGUAUUAUCUACUUUUCUUCUCUCUACCUCUCUCCCUCCUUAGGAGACAUUUUAGACCUACAGGUCUAUUAUCCCUGGGAAUUCCUUUCCAGCUCUCCUUGCAGAACAGUUGUAUUCCCUCUAAUAACAUCUGGAGUUACCUACUGGGUGAUCAAGUUUUUGCAGCAGCUGGGUGUCUGGCCAAAAUGCAUCAACAGCUACACCCUUCUUGUAGCACCUCGCCUUCUCCUCACCACCUUUUCUUUCAUACUUGACUAUACUGUGUAUCGGGUAGCUCCAUUCUGGGGAGCAGAUCGGUGGAACGCACUCAUUCUUCUUGCUGGAUCCUAUAUCACACUUGUGUUUUUCACACGGACAUUUACCAACACACUUGAAGGACUUUUCUUUGCCCUGCUUAUGUUACUAGCAUCUGCAAGAGAGUCUGACACCUGUCUGGCAAAACAUACUCGUAGCAGUCUCAUAGGGAUUAUAACAGCGUCCGGGUUUUUCAACAGGCCAACUUUUUUGGCAUUUGCUUUAAUGCCACUCCUUUAUUGGACAGGCCUAAAUGUCACUCCUCAGCACAGCUUUAGAGCUAUUGCAAACCACUUCUUGAAUCUUGUUCCUAGCGCAACUCUCACUGCCUUUAUUUUCGUAGCAGCUGACACACUAUAUUUUACCACCUUUCAAUCAAAGGAUAGCUCAAACAGUACUGAAAAGGUCAAACCAUUCAGCAUUACAGCUAUAGUAAACCAGAAUAUAAUUGUAACCCCUUUUAAUUUUCUUAGUUAUAACCUUAAUCCCCAUAACCUUGCACAGCAUGGGAGCCAUCCACGAGUCACUCAUUUUGCAGUCAAUGGGCUAAUCCUCUUUGGGAUCCUACACAUUCUGGCCAUCAGUGUUGGUUUGAAAAUGCUAAGGAGAUGCAUCCAUCCAUUAUCAUGGAUCAAACCGCAUGGUCAUCAGUCAUCCACAGUGUUGGUGCAUCCUGAGAGCAAGCUAGCACUACUCUCAUUCUAUUUUGUUCCUUUGGUAUUUCUUUCCCUGUUCAGUCACCAAGAACCUCGAUUUCUUAUUCCUCUGAUCCUACCACUAGUCCUAUUAAUUACAUCACACAAUAGAACCAUAAAGUGGAAACCCAUUAUCAUCAUUUUCAAUGUUCUUGGUGCCUUUGUGUUUGGGUGCUUACACCAAGGAGGGUUGAUCCCAUGCCUGGCUCAUUUAGAACAGCUCAUACAUUCUCCAGAGUCUUUGAGCCAUGGAGCACAUUAUACUCUCCUCUUUGCUCACACUUACAUGCCUCCCAGGUUUCUGCUGAAUAUCAGUAAGAAAGAUCCACAAAUAGAAGUGAUCGAUAUGGCUGGGACUGAGCUACAAACCUUCUGCCAAACACUAGAACACCUAGCAAACACCUGCGGUGGUACACAAACCGAGAGAAAAGCAGCUUGCAAACUGUUUGUUAUUACUCCUGGAACAAUCAGCACAAACGUAAAAAAAUGUGGUGUUUUGUUCAAGAAUGAGACCUUAAUAUUUCCACACUUGACAAUGGAAGAUCCACCACAACUGUCAUUUCUGUUCAGUGACAAAUGGAAAAGUCAGUUAGGACUAUCCAUCCUUCAGCUGGACAGAAAUCAACAGAGCAUUUAGGGAUUUUAUUUAUCUUUUUAGGUAUUUAAUGUUGUGCUGAAGAAAGUUGCAGGAUCAGUGAUUCUGGAGACUGAAGUCCUCUUUUUAUUCACAGACCCACGUACAUCCCAGGCAGUGGUAAUGCAAGCUUCUCCCAUGUUGUUUCUCCCAUUACCUUCACCACCAUGCAUUACACCUCUUUUGGAUGGACUCAGUUUAGGUGUGUUAGUUGUUCAUUCUUCAUGAACUGAGGACAGUUUUAAAACCAGGAUAAUUUUCCUGUGGACAGAGAACUAGAUCAGCUGAUAAACAGAUGCUGAAGAUGUCUAUAACAAAACACCUAUCAUGUUGUUCAGGGUCAUCUCUUCUCUCGGGUAUAUGGUUGAUUUGUUGAGUUUUGUUCUCUUUUUGAGUUCUACUGUGUCACAUGCAUUAAUGAACUUAGCAUCCAGAAGCUCAUCAGAGUCGUUAGGGCAGAUUACACUCAUGAUGCAGUAUUUUUUCAUAUGCGAGCACCAUCAUCAUAGCACUAUGUAUAGUAACAAAAAUAUGUCCUCUCAGAGGACAGGACUGUGCAAAAGGGAUUGGAAUGAAUAUGGUCUGUUCCAUCUAAAACACCAGUGUUACAACCAGAACAAAGAAAAGGAAAUUAAGUUAGUUUAUGGUACCAAGUUUUAACAGGAAAUUUGGCAGACUACAUAGUCACAGAAGAUGCCCUUACCUGGCAGUUCAUUCCCUGUGAAAAAAGCUUUUUAUAUUGUAGAAGUUUAUUUUUUCCCCUCUGAUUAUGGACAUGCAUAUAGGCUGUAUUUCAUUUUCUAGUGCGGCUUUCAUGUUUUAUAUUACAGAACAUGCUCUGAAGGUAUCAUGAUAGUGCACCAAAUGUAUUUUUCGGUGAGUUCCCUUGCCUAUGCUGCUAAUUAUUUCUGUAAAUAAUUUUGUUCAGUGCAUUCUGUGCCAAAUUUGUAAAGUGGUUAUUAUGCCCUCUUUAAUGUUUAUAUCUUAAUGUAGUGAAGACCCUUACAGAAAAUAUAAAGUAUUUAUAAUGUUAGUACUUACACAAUCCGUAGUACCACAGCAUCCUAGUAGACCUCGUAACUGUUUUGUGACACAGAAGGUAGUUAUCUCCAUGGCGUACUAUGAUCAUGGGACUUUUUACGGGCAGCCUGUGGCAAAACCAGGAACAGAAUUUGGAUCUCUUCCAUGCCUGCUUAUCCCCUUAAACUCAGGGGGUGUUUUAGGUAUUCGAGGCAUGCAGAACAACAUUGUGGGUAUCAGGUAUAAUCUUGUUAUCCUGAAGAGUGCAAAAUUAUUUCUGAGUAUACCACAGGAAUUACCACACUCAGCACUGAGGAAUUACCAUUGGAGCACUGAGGUCCAGGGAAAAGUUGCAGAGCAAUUUAAGAUAUUUUGCUAUGGAUCCACAGCUGUGAGUUUGAGUCUCACUCUGGACUUGUACUGAAGGCCACUUCCAGUUGACCUACCAAUUAACCGUUGCCUCAUCCUUCACAGAUCAUGGAAUCUGCUCAGUACAGCCAAGUAACAGACCUCAGCAUCUGACACCACUAGGCCCUUCCUAAACUGCAAGAACCACUUUGUACAGCUCUACAAGAAACUGUUUAUCAGAGGUGUCAUAUAAUAUGUCCACAAUGCUUUAACCAUGAGAUGACUCACCAGUGCUUGAAGCUGAAAAGCCAAAUUGUUAUUGUUCUCAAGUCAAAUGAAAGGUUGUGUAACCCUCAAUAAAAAGGAGUAACACG